AUGGCUGACAACAACCCCGGGAACUUUGCCAACCGCCCCACCGAAGAGGUCCGUAAGAUCGCGGCCAAGGGCGGACAUGCCAGCCACAGCGGCGGCAGUGGCACUGAGAACCAGUCCUCCGGCACCCACUCUUCAGGCACCGGCAACACCAACCCCGGCAACUUUGCCAACCGUCCCAAGGAAGAGGUCCAGGAGAUCGCAGCCAAGGGCGGUCACGCCAGCCACAACGGUGGCUUCGCCAGCAUGGACGCGGACAAGCAGCGCGAGAUCGCGUCCGAGGGCGGCAAGGCGUCGUCAGGCUCUUUCGAGCCCGGUUCCGAGAGGGCGCGUGAGGCGGGACGCAAGGGCGGUCUUUCUGGUGGUUCCAACUGA